GUUGACGUUUGAACGUCGCGAAAGCCGGUUCUAAUUGCUCUGCAGCAAGCGGAUGUAAUAAAACAAGUCUGAUUUGUUACUUUUGCGAUAAACGUGCGUUGGCGGCAAACAGGUGUGUUUCGACUAACGGGCCGUUAAAGUGACAGUCGCAAGUGUCAAAGUGACAGCUGGGUGCGGGAUUGCUGAAUGUUCGAGCGGCACAUGGUUCCAAUUAGUUAUCGCGGCAGCUUUUUAACAAAAUAAAGUUAAUUUGCAAUCCAGGCUCGCGGAGAAGAGUGGCAAGAAGAUUGUUUUGCUUAUACUUUUUAAUUAAGUGGCGCGCACAGAUAACCACAUGUUUGUUUGUUGAGUGAUCACCAUGAAUGACUUGUAGCGAGGGGCACUUCAUCAUCUCAAAGCGCAGGAAAACCACGUUGUUAUAAUUGUUUAAAUAUUUACACGCAAAACGAGAGAGAUAAACGACACUGUGCUGGAAGCUGGAAUGCGUCAAGUGUCAUCUGGAGUUUCACAAAAAAGAAUCGUGAAGUGCUAAAAUUUAUUAGUGUUUAGUGUUGCGGCAACUACCACGAGGGGGUCGACACUUUUCGCGAGUUAUUUUAAUUAGAAAACACACAGCCACGUCAAGUGGCAUUUCGAGCGAGUUGCAAUUUGCACAACCAAGAAAAAACCUCGACGAGUAGCGGAAAUUUGAGAAGCUUCAAGUGCAGAAAAGAAAAGCAACAAAAAAAAAAGUGUAACUCGAUCGAGCUACCCGACAUUCCUCUCCGGAUCGCGCUGCUGUAGGGGAACGAGGGGUCCACCCGUUUGUCAUUGUCAGAAGUUGCCGCCGCCGUCACGCGGAAGGAAUUUCACCGCGGCAACCAUCUCGGACCCAAGAUAGUUGCCAACAGUAGCCAGGUAUCCAUGAUGACGAUGGACGUCACCACGGCGGAACACCCGACGGGUGGUCCAGCGCUGAACGGGGGCAGUGUUGCCAGCGCGCCACAGCAGCAAACUGUCAACGGGCACCAGCAACAACAACAGGGUGGUCCCGUCCAGAACGGAAUGUCACAACAACAGCAGCAGCCGCAGCAGCUGUGCGCCGGCUGCAAGAAACACAUCCAGGACCGGUUCCUGCUGCGGGCGCUGGACCUGCUCUGGCACGAGGACUGCCUCAAGUGCGGCUGCUGCGACUGCCGGCUCGGCGAAGUUGGGUCCACCCUGUACACCAAGGGCAACCUGAUGCUGUGCAAGCGCGACUACCUGAGUUUGAAAAAUUCCAGACUCUUUGGCAACACGGGCUUCUGCGCCGCCUGCAACAAGGUGAUACCGGCGUUCGAGAUGGUGAUGCGGGCCCGGAACAACGUGUACCACUUGGAGUGCUUCGCCUGUCAGCAGUGCAACCAUCGGUUCUGCGUCGGAGACAAGUUCUACCUGUGCGAGAACAAAAUCCUCUGCGAGUACGACUACGAGGAGCGGCUGGUGUUUGCCUCGAUGGCCAACCAUCCGAUGUUGAAACGUCAAAUCGGCCAGGGUGGCCAGCAACAAAACUCCGCAGGAGGAGGAGGAGCCGCCGGUGGUCACCAUCCGGUGCAGAACGGAAUCGGUGGACCACAGCCGGGACUCAUGUCACAGUUGCAGCAGCAGCAACAACGGGCUACCGCCGGAGGUGAUCACAACAACAACAACAACAGUAACCUUCCGGUGGGGCUUGGUGGACCGGGUGGUCCGUUCGGGACGCCAACCCACAUGAAGGCCGCGCUCAGUACUGCUAGUUAAAUUGUAAGGAGAACAAUAACAAUAAACUUUGUUGGACUGUCUGAGGGCGGGUGGGGACGGGAAGGGGCUGCGUUUUGACGUUUGGUGACAGGUGACAGAUUGACAGUGUUUCUUUUUAAGUUCUACUUCUGUUAUGUUGAAAUAUCACUUGUUUUCACAUUCUUUCCGUCAGACUUGAUCAAAAACACAAUUCUGAACUGCGUCUGUCAAAAUGAUAAAACUUUCGAUCAAAGCAGCUGUCAAAUUACACGCUAAUCGAAAGAGCACGACAGUUGAUUAGUGCUGAGUCGCUUCCGUGUCACAUUUCGUGCUUUCUAUCUUUCAUCAAACUGAAUGGAUUUCGAUCUGUCAAAAUCUCGCUACACGCUAACACAGACCUUAUCACUUUUUUUAGUUUUCAGUCUGGCGACGUAUCAAAAAUUGAACAAAACUGUCACAAAACGUCACAAUUCCGCUUGUUUUCAGCCUUCAAAAUUACUGAGAAAAAAAAAACAACGAUGUGCAAUAUGUUUAGGUCUAUUGAAUCAUUUCCCCGCGCCUCGUCAAUUUUGAUUCUCGAAGCAAAAAUGUGCCAAACUGGAAAAAAUAAUCGCUUCGAAUCCGACUGCGGUGCAGCCCUCCGAUCGUUUCUGGAUCCGAAAACGAUAGGUUUUUGUUCGUUUUCGUUCAUUUUAUCGUUUUUUUUUGCGGAGGAAUUUCGCAGAAAUCAAAACUUAUUGAUUGCAUAAACUGCGUUUAUUCGCGUGUUACUUUUUCAGUGUUUUAAUUUGAGUUUAACUUGUUAAAUUUUCAAAGUUCAGAAACGAUCAAUAAAGGGGAGAAAUGACCGCAAAAGAAACGAAAAAACGCAGAUUUUGUACUAGCAAACUACUGUCUAAGGUCGACUUGAUUAGUUCUUAACUACACUCGUGUAAAUUUUCACUUGUAAAUACUAGGCGAUAUCGAAUAAUUUGUUGAGUAUGCUAAUUUUUCACCUCCAACGACGAAAUUUGUAGGUUAAACACAAAUAUAAAGUAUUACAUAGUUGUCCUUGUUUUUGGAAGUUUUCUACUCUGCUUUUUUAUGAAACCCCGUUUUGCUACACUGAAAUAAAUAAACUGUGUAAAUGCAAGUGACACCUCUGAUAAAAUAAAGGAACGUUGACGUUCUCUGUCAAAGUAAACGUAAACAAAAAGUAAAUGUUUUGGAAUGUGUAAUAAAACUACAAAUUGAUACUCACUACAACCGAUACUCACAAACAGACAAAACUGGAGGUAAACCAAAGAAAACUGUGUACUAAUCAAUAUUGGAGGAGGAGAAAUCUGAAACUUAAGUGGUAAUUAGAAAAAUUAUUGAAAUAAAUGAAGAAAUUAUUAAUCCAAAAAAA